AUGUCAGCUGCCGAGGAAGCCGCGCUCGUCGCCACCGGAGACGACCUUGUGGUCGAGGAUCUUCCCGAGGGCAUGCUUCACCAGCUCUCUGUGCCUGACGACCUCCCCGCUGCAAUAGAAACCCUGCACCGCUGCCAUUGGUACUCUCAUGCCCGGCCCCUCGUCCGCUGCGGCGGCUGCCUCCUCCACGCCGCCAGGCCAGUUUUCCUCACUGCCAGGCCUCGCCGCUUCUCUGCUCGCCUCCGCGGUCCCUACCUCAGCCCUCCCGUCCGCCACCGCUUGCUUGGACGCCUCCCCCACACUCCCCGCAUCGCGUCCUGCCACCCCUCGUCCCGGGACAUCGACCCAUACGAAAACAUCUAUUUUACCCACCUGUCUGGCCUCCCCAUUGCCACCCCGGACAACCCCAUUCCCUUUGAGAUUCCGCUGGAGGAGAUGAAGCCGCCCAUGCUCCUCAACUUCUCCUCCCACCUCUGCACGCUCUGCGCCAACAAUCACCGUGCAUCUGACCACUCAACUUUCGCUCCCUUCCCCCGACCUCCUUCUGCCCCUCCCUCUUCCCUCUUACCCUCAGUCCCCGUGUCCCCACCCUACCCCUCUCGUUCUCUGCCCGAUUUGCUGCCUUCCACGACUUUCUCCUCAGUCACCCUUCCUGCCCCUCCCCCCUCCCGCCCCCCCCGGCCUGCCUCGUCCCCUUCCAUGCUCUGCUCCACCCUCGGCCUUUCACCCCCACCCCCCCCCCUCCCCCCCUCCCCCCCCUUCGUCUCCCCUCUUCCCUCUCCCGACCCUUCGCCCUCCCCUUCACUUCACUUGCCCAGCUGCCCCCCCUGUUUCACCUCCCACCCAACGAGCUCUCGCCCGCUCUCCCUUCUCAACCCUCCUCUUUCUCCUCCUGCACUCGCUCUUUCCCUUCCUCCCCUCCUCUUCCUCUGCCCCCACCCCCUCCCUGCCUCACCCCGCACGUCCCCUCUGCCAGCUGCUCAUCUCACCUCCUCCCCCCCCAUUUCUGGCACUCAGUUCUUGCUCCUCCCAUCGGACAUUCCUUCAGCGUUGUCAAUGUCGCGCCUUCCUCACUCCCCUCCUCUACCACUUUAUUUCCCCUCCUCCUACCCUGCCCCGUCCCUCCCCCUCGUGCAUUGGACUUAUGCUUGUACUUCGCAUUGGUUCUAA